AUGUCAUCGGUUUCAUCGUUUCCCAAUGAAAUUAUGCAAAAGAUUCUCAAAGAUCUUUUUCAUUAUAAUACACCAUAUCAACCUCAUUAUCGAGAUUUAUUUAAUUGUAUAUUGGUGAAUCGUCAAUGGUGUUCUUUGGCCAUUCCAAUCUUAUGGACAGAUCCUUUAAGAUAUAUGGAUGUUCAUAGUAAACCCUGUGAUCCGAUCAUCAUAACUUAUUUAUCAACCUUAAAUCAAGUGGAAAAAUCAAAAUUAAAUAAUUUACUUGGAUCAAUAACUUUAUUUGAUGAUACGAUUUACAAUUACCCUUCAUUCCUUAAAAUUUUAAAUUUAAAUGUUUUUUAUUUGGCGAUUUCGAAUUUCAUUAAUUCAUUGGAUUUAAAGAAACGAAAAGAAAUUUUCUUGAGGGAUCAUUUAUUUCGUGAGAUUUUUAAUAUUUUGACGAAUCAAAAUGCGAAUUUGAAAGGACUCCUGAUCACGGUGGAUUAUCCUUUAUGUGACCUUUUACCCACACUUAAUGAUACGAAAUUUGGAUCCUUAAUUAAUCCUAUUAAGAAGAUGAAUCACCUUAGUAAUCAGAAGGGAACCAUAGAUAACGUUAUUUCAUUAUUACUUAAUCAAUAUCGAUUAAAUGGUUUAAAAAUUGGAGGAUUUUCUAAAGGGAUUCAUCGAAUCAUUUCCUCAUUAUCAAAUCUCAAAUCCACUUUAUCUAUCAUUCACUUUUCUCAUAUUGAUUUCUCGAGUUGUGGUUCAAUGAAUGGAUUGGCGGAUUGUGAGAAUCUUGAGAAUCUUGGAUUUUAUUGUUGUGAGAAUUUAACCAAAGUGAUGUGGGCCCCAUUAUUACGAACUUCCAUGAAUACCCUUGAAGAAGUGAUCUUAUACGAUACGUCGGCGGAUUGUAUUAAGGAAUGGAGUAAAAGGAGACAGAUUAAAGUCUUGGAAGAAUUAAUUUAA